CCCUUCUAUCUCUCCCCCCGCAACCCACACUCACUUUCCAUUUUCCCACUGUUUCUUCUCUAAAUUUCUCCUCAUAUCAGGUAGUAAAGUGAGAGAGAGGGGAGCAAUGUUAAUGAUUGAUUGAUUUUUCUUUUGUUUUUCUUCAACGAGGAAUUAAAACGAUCAUGGCUGUUUCUCCAUGUUUGGGUGUUAAUGCUCAGAAGAAACACUGGUGGGUUCGCAAUAGAAAGGUUGUAGAAAAGUAUGUAAAGGAUGCAAGGAACCUUUUCGCGACGCAUGAACAAAACGAGAUCGUUUCCGCUAUCAAUCUUCUCGACGCAGCCUUGGCUCUCUCGCCGCGUUUAGAGACCGCUCUGGAACUCAAAGCCAGGUCUUUGCUGUACCUGAGGCGUUUCAAGGACGUUGCUGACAUGCUUCAAGACUACAUUCCAAGUCUCAAGAUGUCCACCGACGACUCGGGCUCCGUUUCCUCGGAUAACUCGUCGCAAACGCUCUCGAGGGAGCGAGUCAAGCUUCUCCCUUCUAAUAACUCGUCCUCCGACUCAGCUGGUCGUGACCCGUCUUUCAAGUGUUUCUCUGUCUCGGACUUGAAGAAGAAAGUGAUGGCUGGGUUGAGUAAAAACUGCGACAAAGAAGGGCAAUGGAGGUACAUGGUUCUAGGCCAAGCAUGCUGCCACUUGGGACUAAUGGAAGACGCCAUGGCACUCCUCCAAACCGGUAAACGUCUAGCCUCCGCCGCAUUCCGCCGGGAAAGCAUCUGCUGGUCCGACGAUAGCUUCUCUCUCCCUACCACCAUUAAUAAUUCUGACAUCUCCUCCGCCACGACGCCUCCGUCUACACCCCGUCGCAAUCCUACGCCUCUCUCUGAAUUUGAAAACAUUUCCCAGCUUCUUUCAUGUAUCAAAUUCCUCAUCCGCCGUCGAACCGCUGCCAUCGCUGCCUUAGAUGCUGGCCUAUACUCUGAAGCCAUACGCCAUUUCUCCAAAAUUGUAGAGGGUCGCCGACCCGCUCCUCAGGGAUUCCUAGCAGAGUGUUAUAUGCAUCGAGCCUGUGCUUACAAUGCCUCGGGUCGAAUAGCAGAGGCAAUCGCUGACUGUAACAAAACGCUUGCUCUCGAUCCAUCUUGCAUCCAAGCGCUCGACACCAGGGCCUCGCUUUUCGAAACAAUACGAUGUUUACCUGAUUGUUUACACGACCUUGAACACUUGAAACUGCUUUACAAUUCCAUUUUGCGAGAUAGGAAACUUCCAGGUCCUGCCUGGAAGCGACACAAUGUUCGGUACAGGGAGAUUCCAGGGAAGCUUUGCGCAUUAACGGCUAGAAUCCAACGAUUGAAACUGAGGGUUGCUUCGGGUGAGACUGCAAAUGUUGAUUAUUAUGCAUUGAUUGGUUUGAGACGUGGGUGCUCAAGGUCUGAGCUUGAGAGAGCACAUUUGCUGCUGUGUUUAAGGCACAAACCGGAUAAAGCUACCAACUUUAUCGAUCGAUGUGAGUUCGCUGACGAGCUAGAUGUCGACUCUGUUAAAGACAGAGCCAAAAUGUCGGCUUUGCUUCUUUACAGAUUGCUUCAAAAAGGGCAUUCCAGCGUGAUGUCUACAAUCAUGGAUGAAGAAGCAGCUAUCAAAAGGAACAAAGCUUCUGGUGCUUUACAACAAGCAAAGCAUGCAACAGUUCAAGUGCCGCAAACGCAAAAUUCAAACUCUAAAAUAGAACCCAAAGCUGAUCUCGCGUCUUCAACAAAUUCAUCAGAUGCAAAUGCGUUUCAAGGAGUAUUUUGCAGGGAUAUUGCUGCAGUUGGGAAUUUGCUAUCACAAGUAGGGUUUAAUCGUCAACUUCCAAUGAAGUAUGAAGCUCUGAGCUGCUGAUUGUUUCUUAGAAGUCGACUCUACUGUCAUAUAAAAGAUCAAAAAUUUGCUGGAGAUGUUUACCGGCAGAUGAAUCUCUUUACAAAUUUACCAGUUUGUACAAAACAAAAGAGUAAAAUUUUAACCCUGCCCGAAAAUUUUGUCGUCACCUUUCUUCUUUUACGUUUUUAUCUACCACAUGUACAUAAAUUUUCAUAAUUGAAUUUCUACUUUUGGU